AUGGCCGACGCUAAUGGCACCGACGCAGCGUACGCUCUGUAUGCACCGUCUAUACGAAAAGAAGAAAGCAUUAAAGAUCAACUACAGUGUGAAAUUCUGGGCGAAAUCGCCGUCAAUAGAGCGCAAAACGACGCUUUAAACGCGUCACUUGUGACGUCUGAGACGGAAUCAGAUGCAGCGUCUUCCAGCGCCAGAGAGAAUCAGAAAACGAGUAUAAAAAAUACAGAGAACAGGCAGGAGCAGAAGCAGAAGCACAAGACAGAGGAAGACGAGCCGCUGUCGAGUGAGGAAGAGAGACAGUGUACGCUGUCGCCAUCCAAGGCGAUGCUAUUACAAGAAGAGACACUGAAUGCGGCCGUUUUUAGAAGAGAUACAGUCAGUCCGGAGACUUUAAAAGCAGUACUACGUGCUGCUGGAGAUGAGGGGCAACAGGUUAUAGAGAAAAAGCAGAAGAAGAGCUUAUGUAAGAGCAGAAAUAGUUUGGAACUACAGCAUGUAACAGAGAGGAGAGAAAAGGAGGAGGAAGAAUUAAGGAAGGACAUAGCUGGAGACUCUGUAAAGAGGCGGAUGAAUUUUAGUGACAAUAUACAGGACUCACCUGUGAGAUCUACGAGGUCCAAGAGUAAACGACCGAGAUCAGUGACAAAAAAGAAGAUAGUGCCAUCUGAUCAGAGUGUGGACGAUCGGAGAAAAAGCACGUCGAUGGUUGAUACAAGUGAUAGUUUUACGGAAUUGAUGUUUGCUCCUAAUUUACUGGAGCAGGAUACGGAGAGAAGAACGACGUUGGAUCCGACUGAGGCAGCGGCAGUGGUUUCAGCACUGGAAAAAGAGAUGAGAUGUUUGAGUAAUUCAACGUUGGAGAUGGAAAGCGAAUUGGAUGAUGAUGACCGUUCGUUAGAGCAGAAAAGAGUGUGGAAGAUGAAGACAGUGACUCCAUCAAAACUGACGAAAGACAAGAAAGUGUCACCACCAUCAAAGGAGAACAAUAACUCGCCGAAGAAAGUUAGGAGGAAGAAGCCCUCAAGUUCGUCACAUGAUUCUGCGCGCAAAAAGUCGCCGUCGCCAGUGAAAGUGGCUAAGAGCAGAACGUCGCCAUUACCAGCAAAGGAACCCAAGGGCAAGGAAUCGUUGAAUCCAACAAUGGGCGACUCUAUGCGACGGACGACAGUCGACCCAGGCGACGCAUUAGUGAUGCUGGAAGACAUUUCGCAGCUAAAACAAAAGGAUAAUCGUCGACAGACCAUUGACGAACAUGGUUUAUUGGAAUUGAUUAGUGCACAGGGGUCUCCUUCAGCUGUGAAUAAGGACUCAGCGAAAGAAUCGUCACGAAAGCGCGCUAACGACUUAGAUGUUUGUGGAGACGCCUCUGAGAAACGUGUGCGACCUUGUAACGACGAUCCGACCAUGGAGUCUAUGGAUUUAGACUCGCCUCUGCAUGCGGAAUCCAAGCUAGGAUCCCAGGCUAAAGAUCAGCAAGAAAUAAGUGACAGCAACCAGAGGUCUUCUGACAGGCUCCCAGCAUCUAACAUUUCCAAGCCUUCGUUGUUUUCACCUCCUCCAGGAGAUCCGAAGAUCAGGACUUCACUGAAAGGAAUCCUGAGCGCACGCAAGUUGCGAAAGAAUGCUGCGGAUCCUGUGCAGACAACGCCGAAUAAGUCUGUCAAUUUUGGCCCGUCGCAAGGUGCCGAGUUUAACCAUGGGUCGCCAUCUACGUCAAUGACUCCCAUGUUGGCCAAGGAUGCUUCGCGGCUUUUUCCGCUGGAGUCACCGGCCUCAUCAGAGGAAGAAUCCGAUGACGCAGAAACGUCUUUAAACACGUCCAUUCUUGAUGAGGCUGACUCAGUUGACGAGAAAGAGCCAAUAAAAGUCGGUGUCUUAACGACGACACAGCUCAAGAAGCCAGGUUUUGAUCUACUCCAAUCACGAAGAAGUAGUUUUCUGGGGCUGAAAACGACGGAAAAACGUCGUCGUCGGCAGAGUAUGCGGGGCUACAGUCCUCUUGAUUCUCAGACUGAAGCUCGUCGACGCAGGCGUCAGACCAUUAACGUUACCCGUCAAACCCCGACUGUGGUGUCUGCCAUGGCCACGUCGUUUACUCUCAAUGAAAGUUCAUCUGCCAGCUCUCUUUCCCCAUCUAACAAUUCUUUUUCUCGGGCGACCAACGUUCUAGAGACAGGCCGCAUGCCUUAUGCAGACUCGUCAGCAUCUUCGGACACCGGGGAGGACAUGGAGAUCACGGGCGAUUAUUCGCACAUGUUAGACCGCGACGCCACGGGAAAGCAAUCAAUGUUAUCUGCGAGUCAGCCUCGUGAUGAAGAUACUGCAGAGUUUAGUUUAGGUCAUCUUCUUGCGGAAUCAUCCGUGUAUGAGCUAACCAAAUCGGUGCAAGAGUCUGACCAUCAGGAUCUUCCUGGGUCAUUGGGUGACUUGGCCAACGAGGUUGAGGUUUAUAGUCAGGAUAGCCUGACUGGUGGUGCCUUCCUCAGGUUGAACGAUCAAGACGCCACUCUGGAUCCGAUCCAAGAGAAAGACGAAACCAUGACUUCGUCUCGAAGCCAGAGUAUGAUGAGCCUCGAUCUCAAUGAGAGCGAUGAAGAGUAUACUGCCGACCUCGAAUCUCUCCAUGUUAACUUGAAGGCCAAGUUUGAUCGAGUUAGCACGGAUGGUGAAGCCAACUCCCAGCGUGAAGCGUCUCCCGAGGCACUUCCUGUUCACUUGAUUACAAUGGAAGAGCUUCUUGCAUCCGUUGCUUUGAACGAACAGAAUGCACUAGUGGGGAUGGACGAUGCCUUUUUCCAAGAGGAAGCUGAAUCGUCCGACAAUGCAAAGAAUGUGAAGCUUGCUUGCGCGUAUGAUACAUGCUCAAAGGUGGUUGAACGUCAUACUCGAGACGUGUCUUCAUGGUCUAUAGCUGUGACGGAAGAGCUUUCUUCCUUGCUGAGCAUUAAGGCUCCAGCAGUUUUUAGCCCGGGAACCCUAGAUGAUGCAGGCCGGAAAGCUAUUCAGGAGCUGUAUGCAACCGAGGCGAUGGUGGCUCGAACCGGUUGGUGUCAGCUGCAGGCACAGGUGGAAAAUCAACUCGCCAGUAGCUUGUCCGUCGGCGCAGAUUUGCUGGCAAAUGAUGUGAGGUCGCUGAAAGAUUGUAUAUCUGCUGGUACAUUGAGACGUCAAAAUGAGCUGGCUGCUAUAAAAGAGAUGAUUGAUCGUGAAGAACAAAUGGGUCUACUAUUGGAUGCAAUUGAAGAACAACAAGGUGCCCAUGACGAAUACGCGACUGCCGUGAAAGACCUGGAGAAGGAGUGUUCGUCACUGUCGCUGGAGGAGUCAGUGUUACAAAGUCGCUUAAAUGUUCUCGAGGGACGGGCGGCAGAACUGGAGCCAGUGACAUCGGAAGCAGCAUCGCUUUUUGAGCAGGAGGUGUUAGCGACAGAGGAAAUGCUUGCGAUCCAGGAGAGCAUGAGCGUGUGGAAAAUUCGUGAGGCGACAGCUUCAGCUCUUCGGUUAAGUGCUCGAUUCGAAGACGUGUUGUUUGACGUAGAGAUCUGUGUGGAUGUCCAUGUGGGGUCCUCUUUGAUGGGAGAGACGUGCGUGUCGAUCAAAACAAACGAAGUACUCAAGCACAAGGAGCGAAGUAUGUACCUUCCUUAUGAAAGUGACGUAGUUUUAGUGCUUCAGCGGCUACUACUGGAUCCUCACUACAUUUCUCAAAUUGCUGAUGAAUCCGAUUUUGGAGAUCAAAACUAUGGACACACGUUGUCAAAGCUGCAAAUCCUGGAACAUUUCAUCAACCGCUCUUUCCGGUUAUUAAAGGAGCUGCGUGAGCUGUCGACCCGUUUCGCUAUGCGCUACAAUGAAGAAGAUAGCGCGCUUUGGGUUGACUUCCUCAAGUUGCCGUCUGCGGUUUCGCGUAUUGACGCUGAGUGUGUCCAGUUCAGCGUCGGAUUCUCUCUUCUUCCAGUGUACCCAUAUACCGAUUACCAAACGGCAGUGCAGGUGCCACACGGCCAGGUGUCGUGUGAUGCUAUAGUAAAGGAAAUUGAGCUGGUGUCAAGACAGGAACCGAAGUACUUUACGCGGGUUUGCAGGCAACUUUAUGAGAGUUUUGCACGGUAG